UGGUCACAUUCGUGUGUUUAUACGCUAUGGUUCUAGCUUCACAAAAUUUUCAUCUCUUCGUGGAUAAGCGUGUUGCACUGCCGGCAGCGUCUAAUUUUGUGACUAAAAAAACUUCGUAUACCCGUUGGGUGAUUCUAAAACUGCACAUCCUUUGAACAAUGGCUGACGACCAGCAGGAGGAACAAAUCCAGACAUCCGUUUCGUUGGAGCACCCGGGAACGAACAACGAUAUGGUACAAUGCGUCCGGGAAUUGAUGUACAAGGACAAGAGCACCGUUAUGGUAAAAGUGGUGGAUUUACUAGUCCUAAAUCUUCAGCAGCAGCAAGUAAUAAUGGUGUUGAAGCAAACUCUGCAGGAAGCAUCCCAGCAAAAGGAACAAAUGCUUAAAGAUUUGCAUGAUCAGCCGAUGAUGGAAUCAUUAAUGAGCAACAUCGAAGCGCAGAAUCAUUCCACGCGAAAACAGCUCGGGGACAAGGCGGAAUCCAUCAACAUGCACAUGAAAUCGAACGAAGUGCUUCGCAAACAGUUGAAAAAAGAAAUUAUUUAUUUUCGAACAGGCAUUGACGAGGCCAAAAGACAAAUUCACGAGAAGGAGGAAACAGGAAAAUUCCUUCAUCAAGCAUUCAUCGAAAUAGUGGCUCGCAUUGAGGAGGUUGGCAAACAGUUGCGUUUCGUGUUGGGAGAAAAGGCUAAGCUGCGUGAAGAAAAUCAAGAACAAAUGGACAAAAUGCAAAGGAUGAAAUCUACCUAUGCGGAGAUUGUUGAAAAGCUCCAGACGGAACUAACAGGAUGCGAAACCGCGCUCAAACAACAUGCGGAAGAGCUAGCAAGGGUAAAGCAGCAAGGUAUCGAAAAGGUUCAAGCGUGUCGUGAAAUGCUGUCGAAGAAACACGACAUGCAGAACAUCAGUGACUCACUGAACCAACAGUUGCAAGACGAAAAAGCUAAGCUGGAAGAAACUUUUGCAGCAGAAAAGAAUCAAAUUAAUCAAAUGUACGAAGAAAAGGCCGAUGCAUAUAAAGGCAAAAUUGAAGAACUCAAUCAAACAGUUGAAAGCCUUACGAACAUAAAGAAGCAACGAGAGGAAUGUAUCGCAGAAUUGGAUGUCGCGAUAUCGAAGAUGAAUGAAGAGAUAAACAAAGUAGAUAAUCAAAAUUUAAAGCUGGAAAAUGAACUCGGCAAAUUUAGAUCGACGGUUGAUUUAAAUAGCGAUUCGGAAGAGGGAACACUGAACGGACCAACUCUGAAUAUGUUCGUUGGAAAACCGAGGGAACACAUUGUUAAUCACACUAGUCCACACGCACCACCAUCCAGUACUGACAACGAAGCUUCUUGUCACUUGGACAAUGCGUACAGUUCGAUGAGUUUGGACUACAACCAUCUUAACUAAUUUGUAGGCUACGGGAAGAUCUUUAGCACUAAUAUGGUUCACUCUACAAGAAUGUAUAUCCUGGGAUGAAUGUUACACGUCUUACGGUUGUAGAUGGCAAAUUUAGAAUAGUUUCUUUUUCUUUCUUUAUUGUUUGAUGAUACUAACAGAAGCGAGACACAAUAAAACUCUGCAUUGAUGUUUUCCGCUAGA